GAUGACGGAAUAUGAGGAGGUGUGUGUUUUCUUUGGAGGUCUGGUUUGCGCUGACAGAGCUCUCCAGCACAGCUUAGACAUCGACCACUUGGAUGACGAAGUUAGUACUUCCCCACCCGCUCAAGAUCAAGAUCCAGAUGCCGCCGAAGACAACCCGGAGCUGGACCCGGCACAGGACACCAGUCAUCAGAAGAAGAGCCCUCGCAGCAGAUUCAAGGAGUUCCGAGAUCACCAAAUUGCCACAGGCUUGUCCAUCAUGUUUUUGGGCAUGGUCUUUUUGGUGGGUUUCGUGGCCUGGAUGAUUGCCUAUCCUGACAAACAAGUGAAGCACUACUGUGUACGUAUAUGCAGCUCCACCGUUGUGAUUUUCAUGGCCAUCGCCAUUGAUCAUGCAGCGAUCUUCUUCACCAUCGUCGAUGCUCUCACUGGCCUCAAGGGGUGGAAGCUGGCCGUGGCACCCUUCUUCCUCUAUUGGAUGUUGACGAUACUUGUCAGCUACCUGGUGCGAAGUCAGCCCUUGAACAUGGCAGCUGCCAGGAAUGUCAUUUCCCACGUCUCUGCCUUCGUGGCCAUUACAGGCUUUUCUGACAUCCUGUACAAGUUCACCUCCAGCAAGGAAUUCCCAAAGCAGCAGGCUAUUCCAUGCAGAGCCGGAGUGUGGCUAGCUAUUUGCAUCGGCUUCUGGAGCCUUCGGCAGCUGUCUUCCGCACUUCUGCGCAGGCUGCCGUACGGCUGCGAGCUGCCCGUCGAAGGACACAGUGACGGACACGGCGCGGGCGGCGCUUCCGGCGCAGGGCACGGUCACGACGAAGACGGAGAUGGCGAGGACACGCCUGAGAGCGUUCACCUCUUCAUCGAAGAAGUGGAGGAAGCCCUGGAGGAAGCAAGCCUCGUAGCUCUCAGUUACCUGUUCGUGAAGUUCUUGGUGACGAAAACUCUCCUAGAAGUUUGGGACUUGAAACAUCUACAAAACACGUAUGAGGCACGUGAAACUCAUUGGAAGUUGAGUAACGACACCGUCAUCGAGGUGCUGUUGGUCAUGGCUCUUGAGGUACUCUUCUUGAAUGUGUGCAUCAUCUUUCUUGACCGCGUCAGCUCCGGCUUGCACCGCUUUCACACUCUCGCGACAUUCCUGUCGAUGUGCAUGGCCUGGUCUUCCAUGCGGUUCGUCCGCUGCGUGAUCAUGAUACCCAUCUCGGAAGACAACUGCAUUCUAAUUCUCACCGCGUUCGCCAUGACGCCCAUGGCAGGGCUGUUGGUGAUUGCUGCUGACAAGAUGGCAGACACAGGUGUCAUAUCGGAGCCUUUGGCAGACAGUUUGGUGACGAGCUAUGGCUUUAUGAUCGGCUUCUCCUGGGAAAAGGCUUUCGCAAGUGCAUCCAAUCUACUGAUUGGAGAAUACGUGGAAGGCGGCAGUUCCACCAUGAGGCCGCACGGCCCAUACGAGUUCUGGACCGGCAUUGCCGUGUGUGCAGCUCUCGUCGUUGUCAUGCUGCCCGGAUGGCGGCGCUCGCUUGUAGCCCGCCGUCAUUUGGAAGGCUCGCUGGCGGCAAUUCCAGGUCCUGCAGCCAAGAAGGCAGUGAGGACCCUGACAGUCAGGUGGACAAAAGUUGUCCUCCUGCUCGUUGUGCAGUACCGAUUGGUACCUCGCGUUUGCGCUGCUGUGCGCCGUCUCUGGAGACAUCUGUCCGCAAAGAAGCUCAAGCUGCUUUCGGCUGAUGAAAUUUAUUCUUUAAAGGAAGCCUUGGAGGAAGGCCCUGUCCUUCAAAGCGAUCUGGAGUUGGAGAGUGCAAAGAUCCUGGAAGGAACCAAGGUCCUGAACUCCUGGAAGGAGAUCCAAGGAGCUGAGCCGCCCUUGACGGUGAGAACUCGGCCACCGCCUGACAAAUCUGAAAGGCGUGGCUGGAUGUCUUCACGGCAAUGGAAGCAUUGGAAGCGCAUCUGGGACAUAUCACUCGAAGUCCUACGAAGAGCUCAAGGUCCGCUGUUGAUGUGGGGCUGGUCGACCCUUGCCCUUCAAGCGCUGCACGACCCUCUCCUUGACAUGUGGUCCAGGCGAGAGUUUGCCUUUUAUCGGGCGGCCUUUGGGAAGCUCGAGGUCAUCCCCAGCUGGACGGCUGUUGCAUGGUUCUCACAAAGCUUGGUUCGCCUGUGGGGGAACCGCCGCUCCCGGGGUAGAGCGGAACUCAGCGACGUGAUGGGUGUACAGUCGAGCUUGCAGGAAGCUCGUAUCAAUGCGAUGGCGACUGCAUUGAAGGUUCUUGUGUGGAGCAUUUACAUUUGUGCUGUGCUUUACCAUGCUGGUGUACGGAUUGGUCGAUUGCUGCUGAUUCCGGGAACGACGGCAGUGGUGAUCGGGUGGGUUGGCCGCGAGAUCGUCGCCAACAUGAUCAGUGGCGUUGUGCUACACUUGACACAGCCUUUUGCACAAGGCGAUUGGGUGUGUUUGGAUGGUACAUCCAUCGACGGAUGGGUCCAAGAUGUGGGAAGUUUCUACACAAAGGUGGUUCAGUGGGACAAGCGUCCCAUCUAUGUACCAAAUUAUAAGCUGAUGUCCAUGAAUGUGCAGAACAACUCCCGAAUGACACAUCGCCGAAUCAAGUACGACCUAAACCUCAGACUCCGUGACAUCCCGAACAUCCCCCAGAUCGUUCGCGACAUGCAGGAGAUGAUCAAUGAGCACGAAGACAUUGACAAUAUCCAGCAUCGCUUAGUACGUUGGCGGGGAUUGGGCGAGUACUCUGCGACCAUCUGGCUUUCUUGCUACACGAAGCCCAGCAUCGAGGGCAUUCGACUGGCGUCUUACACUGCUAUCCAGCAGUCCGUUCUUGAGCGGUGUUCACAGAUUGUCUACAAGCAUGAUGCUGCUUUUGCCUCCAUAACAGAUCGCAAUCCCCAAGCUGGAGGCAGCAGGGCGGUGCCCUUUGGUCAGAUAUUCUCCGAGCCUUUCAGCAGUGCUCGUGAAUCGCAGCUCGAGUCCCGCGAGGAGGUUUUGCGGCAGCGGGAGAAAGACAUCAAGCAGCGCGAGAGAGAGCUGAGUCAGCAACAGGAGGAACAGGCCAAAGCCGCCAAAGAUAUUCAGUAUGCAAAGGAGAAGCAGAAGCAGUUGCUGGAUCAGGUAAUCCAGAAAAGCAUGGAUGUGCGAACUGGCCAGGCGCUGCCGGAAGAUGUUGAUCCGAUGGUCUAUGGGGUCGCGGCACAGUGGGACAAGGCCGCUGAAGAGGAGAUGCUUGACCAUUCGCCUGGCGACCACGACCGAGACGUGCCUGCCCAAGUGAAGUUGCCAACUUACGAGGGCCAGUUCGGUGCCUCCUCUCUGUUUGCAUCCCAAGAGGCCGGUGGAGGGUUUUUGGGGAGAGGCCAUGGUGGCCCUUAA